AGCGGGUUUUUACAAUCGAAUUAGUAGGACUUACCGCGGUUGGCGUCGAAAGUUCCUAUCGCGCACCACGACCGGCGGCCCCCGGUCGUUUGUCCGAAAUAACAGCCACCGGGAAUCCCGAAUUCUUUCGACGGAGAAUUCGCGCCAGUGCCAAAACGAUCGGUCUGUAAUUUCUUGGUGGUUGAUUUUUUUAAAAACUUACGGAUUGUCACGAUGGACUACGGCUAAUCUACCUAAACCUAUUCCCGCGCCCUUUGACCUAAGCCGAGACGUGGGUAACGGAAUAAUUUUCUUCUUGGCCUUUCAGGAGGACCUCCGACAUGAAGUUCGCCAAACGUUUUCUGGUCUUCGCCGCCGCCGGACUCUGCUGCCUGGCUCUGGUAUACAGGUACUUCCUGGCGGGCGGAACCCUCCCCUCCGGCCCCCUCCGCCCCCGGGAGGAGGCCUCGACGGAGGAACGCCGACCCGGCGACCCCCGCCUGAUUCUGCUGUGGACCACUUUCUUCGGCCGGGCCGACUACGUUCCUCCGCUGGACACUCUGGACUGUCCGCGCUCCGACUGUCUGGUCACUUCCAACCGCAGCCGCUUUCGCCAGAGCGACGCCGUGGUCUUCCAUCUGAGGGACACUUCGCCCGACGACCUGCCCCCC